UCGGAAGCAACGAGAGACGAGUUUGUGCCCUUCGCGGUUUGUGCAAAGUCGGUGUGUGAUCGAUGGUGCCUGCUCGUCUUCACUAGUGCCCAGUGUGCCUUCAGAAAACUACGAAAUUUGUGCUUUGGAAGCUAUAAGUCUAACGAAACUGUGUUGAAUUAAGCGUCAUCUCAGUAUCUUUGAGAAAGUGUUAUUGUGUUGAAGUUGUGCUAUCUAAGGAUACAACUGAGAUUAUUCGGAGAAUAGGUGCUAUCAAUCGAAAGCCACCCUCCGCAUGGCACCAGAAUGUACCGGAAAGUGAACAGUGCUGCAGUGCCAGCAGCAUCGGUCCCAACAACGCCCAGCAGCAAUGGCAGCGGGACGGCCAUGAACGGGAUGGCGCUGCCGGGACUUCCCAAGCCGCAGCGCAACGGGACAGAGGCUAACAACUACAUCGGCUAUCAGAGCCAUCACUAUUGCCGUGUGGCCAACGAUAUCGACGACGAGGACGAAUAUCUCAUUCAGCGCACCGUACAGGAAACGAAAGGAUGGGACGUCUUCCGGGAUCCUCCGAUCAAGGAGGAUACGGGCUCGAUGGCGGACCAGGCCUGCCUCGAUCUGACGAUCAAGAUCCUGAAGAUCUUCGCCUACCUCAUCACCUUCGUGAUCGUGCUGCUCGGUGGCGUCGUGGCCAAGGGCUGCGUACUGUUCAUGUCGUCGCAGUUGCGCCGCGACCGGAAGAUUACCUACUGCAACCGUGAUCUGGCGCGGGACAAAUCGUUCAUCGUGUCGCUGCCGGAGGAGGAGCGGAUAGCGUGGAUGUGGGCGCUGAUGAUAGCGUUCGCCGUGCCCGAGAUCGGCACCUUCAUCCGGUCGACGCGUAUCUGCUUCUUCAAGUCGAUGAAGAAACCGCUCAAAUCGCACUUUCUGCUCGUCUUCCUGAUGGAAUCGUUCCACACGAUCGGACUGGUGCUGCUGUUCUUCGUCGUGCUGCCCGAGGUGGACUCCGUCAAGGGUGCAAUGUUGACCAACUGUCUGUGUGUUAUACCGGGUAUGCUGGGUCUGUUUUCGCGCACCAACAAGGAAGGCAAACGGGCGGUAAAAUCGAUCGUCGAUUUGGCUGCGAUUGCGGCCCAAAUUACCGGCUUCAUCGUCUGGCCGCUGCUCGAGAAUCGGCCCGUGCUUUGGUUGAUUCCAGUGUCAGCUCUUCUAACAUCUUGCGGCUGGUGGGAAAACUACGUCUCACCACAGAGCCCCUUCUCGUUCGUACGAUCGCUUGGUCGCGUGAAGGAGGACCUGAAGCAAACGCGCUACUUCACCUACAUGUUCCUUUCGGUUUGGAAGAUUCUGCUGCUGUUCUGCUUCGUAAGCGUAAUACUGUUUGUGCGCGGUGAUGAGGUGGCCAAUCUUUUCUCACUCUUCGGGGCUGGGUACGGUCCGCACAAGAUCGUCGUGGAGGAGGUAGCUCUACCGUUCAGUUCCGCCCUGCCCGAUCUGGUCGAAGCUGCGCAAGCGGUAGACACGAUCGAUAUCGAUGCUGCCUACAACACGGUCACGUACGUGCUCAUCAUCCAGAUAUUGGCCGCCUAUCUGUGCUACAUUUUCGGCAAAUUCGCGUGCAAAAUCCUUAUUCAAGGUUUCAGCUACGCUUUCCCGGUGAAUCUAACCGUGCCGGUUGCGAUUUCGCUGCUCAUUGCUGCGUGCGGCAUUCGCAACGAUGAUCCGUGCUUCUUCCACGGCUCCAUUCCCGACUAUCUGUUCUUCGAGAGUCCGCCCGUCUUCCGGCUGAACGAUUUCGCCUCACGCCAGAUGGCGUGGGCCUGGUUGCUGUGGUUGCUCUCGCAAACCUGGAUCACGCUGCACAUCUGGACGCCCAAGUGCGAACGUUUGGCCAACACGGAGAAGCUGUUCGUGACGCCGAUGUACAGCGCGCUGCUGAUCGACCAGUCGAUGGCGAUGAACCGCCGGCGCGACGAUCAGGCCGACGUGAAGACGGAGGAUCUGGCGGAGAUCGAGAAGGAGAAGGGCGACGAGUACUACGAAACGAUCUCGGUGCACACGGACGGUUCGGCCCUGCCGCGCCCGAGCGUGAAGUCCUCCGAUCACAUCACGCGCAUCUACGCCUGCGCCACGCUUUGGCACGAAACGAAGGAGGAGAUGAUGGUGUUCCUCAAGUCGAUCAUGCGUAUGGAUGAGGAUCAGUGCGCACGACGCGUGGCACAGAAGUAUCUGCGUAUCGUCGAUCCCGAUUACUACGAGUUUGAAACGCACAUCUUCUUCGAUGACGCGUUCGAAAUUUCGGACCACAGCGACGAGGACAUUCAGUGUAAUCGGUUCGUGAAGAUUCUUGUCGACACCAUCGACGAAGCUGCCUCGGAAGUGCAUCAGACCAACAUUCGAUUGAGACCGCCCAAAAAGUACCCAACACCGUACGGUGGACGACUGGUGUGGACGCUGCCCGGUAAAACGAAGAUGAUUGCCCACCUGAAGGACAAGGAUCGCAUCCGGCACCGUAAGCGUUGGUCUCAGGUCAUGUACAUGUACUAUCUGCUCGGCCACCGGCUGAUGGAGCUGCCGAUUUCCGUCGACCGUAAGGAGGUGAUGGCGGAAAACACCUACCUGCUGACGCUGGACGGUGAUAUCGACUUUAACCCGAGCGCCGUGACGCUGCUGAUCGAUUUGAUGAAGAAGAAUAAGAACCUGGGUGCGGCUUGUGGGCGUAUUCAUCCGAUCGGCUCGGGACCGAUGGUGUGGUACCAGAAGUUCGAGUACGCUAUCGGCCAUUGGCUGCAGAAGGCAACGGAGCACAUGAUCGGUUGUGUACUUUGUAGUCCUGGUUGCUUUUCACUGUUCAGAGGAAAGGGUCUGAUGGACGACAAUGUAAUGCGCAAGUACACGACACGCUCGGACGAGGCACGGCACUACGUGCAGUACGAUCAGGGCGAGGAUCGUUGGCUGUGUACGCUGCUGCUGCAGCGUGGCUAUCGCGUCGAGUACUCGGCUGCCUCGGACGCCUACACCCACUGCCCGGAAGGGUUCAACGAGUUCUACAACCAGCGUCGCCGCUGGGUACCGUCCACCAUCGCCAACAUUAUGGACCUGCUGAUGGACUACAGGCGCACGAUCAAGAUCAACGACAACAUCUCGCUGCUGUACAUCUUCUACCAGAUGAUGCUGAUGGGCGGUACGAUCCUUGGCCCCGGUACGAUUUUCCUCAUGUUGGUGGGUGCGUUCGUGGCCGCGUUCAAGAUCGACAACUGGACCUCGUUCUACUACAACAUCAUACCGAUCAUGCUGUUCAUGCUGGUGUGCUUCACCUGCAAGUCCAACAUACAGCUGCUGGUCGCGCAGAUACUGUCCACCGUGUACGCAUUGAUCAUGAUGGCCGUCAUUGUCGGUACCGCGUUACAGCUCGGCGAGGACGGCAUCGGUUCACCGUCGGCCAUUUUCCUGAUAGCAAUGACGGGGUCCUUCUUUAUAGCGGCCUGUCUGCAUCCGCAAGAGUUUUGGUGUAUCGCGUCCGGCAUCAUCUAUCUGCUGUCGAUUCCGUCCAUGUACCUGCUGCUCAUCCUCUACUCCAUCAUCAAUCUGAACGUGGUCUCGUGGGGUACGCGCGAGGUGGUAGCGAAGAAGACGAAGAAAGAAAUGGAGCAGGAAAAGAAGGACGCCGAGGAGGCCGCCAAACGGGCGAAGCAAAAGUCGCUGCUUGGCUUCCUGCAGGGUGGCGUUGGGAAUGGGUCGGAUGAGGAGGGCUCGAUCGACAUCUCGAUCGCGGGCCUGUUCCGCUGUUUGCUCUGCACACACGGCAAAACGACGGACGAGAAGGCGCAGCUGAUUCACAUUGCCGAUGCGCUGGACGCCAUUACGAAGAAGAUUGAGAAUCUGGAAAAGCACAUCGACCCGCACGGACAUCAUACGCGCAAGCGCACUGCGUCGGCCGGGUCGAAGGAUCACCAUCUUGGCUCGGUGGCGGAGGAUACGGAGGACGAUGAUGAGGAUGAAGAUUCGGAGACUUCGACGCUGCAGCGCGAUGAACGUGACUUCCUCACCAAUCCGUACUGGAUCGAGGAUCCGGAUCUGAAGAAGGGCGAGGUGGACUUUAUUUCCAGCACCGAGAUCCAGUUCUGGAAGGACCUGAUCGAUAAGUACCUAUACCCGAUCGAUCAAAACAAGGAGGAACAGGCGAGAAUCGCCGUCGACCUGAAAGAACUGCGUAACAAGUCCGUGUUUGCGUUCUUCAUGUUCAACGCACUGUUCGUGCUGAUCGUGUUCUUGCUGCAGUUGAACAAAGACAAGCUGCACAUCAUUUGGCCGCUGGGCGUCAAAACGAACAUUACCUAUGACGAAGUUACAGCCGAGGUGCACAUCUCCAAGGAGUAUCUGCAGCUGGAACCGAUCGGUCUGGUGUUUGUGUUCUUCUUCGCCCUGAUUCUGAUCAUUCAGUUUGUGGCAAUGAUGUUCCAUCGGUUCGGCACACUGUCGCACAUUCUGGCCUCGACCGAGCUCAACUGGGCCUGCAACAAGAAGCCGGAGGAGCUUUCGCAGGAUGCUCUCAUAGACAAGCACGCUGUUGAGAUAGUCAAGAAUUUGCAACGACUGCAAGGCAUCGAUGGAGAUUACGACAAUGAUUCGGGCAGCGGUCCGGACCGCAUCGCACGCCGCCGCACGAUCCAGAACCUCGAAAAGGCACGGCAACCGCGCCGACAGAUUGGUACGCUCGAUGUGGCGUUCAAGAAGCGGUUCCUGAAGCUGACGGCCGACGAGAACAAUACCGCCACCCCGAUCCUUACCCGCCGGAUGACGAUGCGCCGCGAAACGAUCCGUGCGCUGGAGGUGCGCAAGAACUCGGUGAUGGCGGAGCGGCGCAAGUCGCAAAUGCAGACGCUCGGGGCCAACAACGAGUAUGGCAUUACGGGUGUGCCGAAUGGAAAUAAUAACGCCCCACCGAGGCCGACGCGCACUUCGAACGCUGGCGUUAGCGUGAAGGACAUCUUCAACGUGAACGGUGGUCCCGGCGGUGAAAUCUACGGUGUCACUGGCCAGGUGAACCAAGCGUACGAACCGGUAAUUGAGGAUGACGAUCGCAACUCGCUGCGCCUGCAGCCCCGCAACCAGGUCACCUGGGGUAACAAUGGUAACGCACGGUUGUGAGCCACAUGAGGAUAUUUCCCAAUAAACCUCCUUUCGACUGCUGACGCGCCGUUACGAUACGCAGGCACCGGAUCUGAUCAGGGUUUAUCACAGAUGCGAUCGGAUUGUAGAGUGGCGUAGUGUACUAACGGUCGAUCAAUACCUACGAACGAAUGAAUGAACAUGCGCGAGAGCGAGGAGUGUGUGUCUGCAUUAAGCGUGAAGUGUGGUUGUUGUGAGCAAUAAUUUAUAGACUCGAUAUUAUGUUAAGAGAGAUGAUGCAAGCGAGGGAAGGAAUAUGAAUGACAAAUGUUCAAAAAGCAAACAAAAAAAGCUAUACAAUAAUAGAUAGAUUGUGUGUUAAGCCCUUUUUUACAAGUCAAUAUUCAAAACAAUGCUCGUAAAACGGUUCUCACCUUUCGUGGAGCCAUUCAUACCAGGGUGUAGUAUGCGAGUGUUAGUUAUUUUCCUAUCCUGGACUGUGUUCCACGUAACAGAAGAAACUGCCUGCGUUUUAUACAUUCCGAGCUCAAAAUGAUCCAACAUUUGUGUAAAGCACACCGUUUAUAAACACUACCACUUAAUACUCAGCAACGUAGAACAAUUUAGUACAGCCUAAAUGAGCUAAAUGAGGAGAUCGUCCCAACAUCCACUGCCGCUACAACAGAGAGCGUGGAUGGUCAACCCAGCGCCGCUGUCCAACACUGCCCCGUCUAGCGUAAUGGCAAGAGCCGGGUGGUGCCUGCACACCCGCAGUGAAGCCUUUGCUCGCAGAGGAGGUGUAGGAUAUUUAUUUAAUUACUAGCGUUGUACAACUUACGCACCAGCCAGUGUAAGCCAAUACGCGGCAACGAAACAGACACGAGCAAACACACUGCCACAUGUUUCGCCAAACACGAAUCAAAAGCAAUGUGCGGUUGCGUUCAAAAUUAAGCGAUUUCUUUGUAAAUACGUACACAAACAAUACGGUGUGUUCGCUCUUUACUUCACCUCUACUCUUAAUUACGGUUCGACACUUUACGGCGUUUCGGUGUGGCCCCCCCUGGCCCCACCCCGUGGCGGGAUCUGCGCGAAACACGGAAAGCGAAUGUAAUGGAACUCGAUUGUGAUGUUUACAGCAAAUUGUACUCUACAAUAAAAUUGAUAGACUUAUUUUUAUAUGUUUUACAA